CAUGGGACAGUUUCUUGAGUAAUGUGCCCAUGGUCAACCCUGGGGCCAUCGCUUGGGCAAUGUCCCUGUAGCCAUCCUCAGGGCCAUUUCUUGGGUAAUGUCCCUGGGGCCAUCCUCAGGGCCAUUUCUUGGGUAAUGUCCCCACAGCCACCCUGUGGGCAUCCUCAGGGCCAUCGCUUGGGCAAUGUCCCUGUGGCCAUCCUCAGGGCCAUCGCUUGGGCAAUGUCCCUGUGGCCAUCCUCAGGGCCAUCACUUGGGCAAUGUCCCCAUGGCCACAUCAGUUGAGAUCAGAUGUACUCGAUGCUGGACAGUAGCAGUGGUCUGAUAACACCUCCUGAGGAGGAAGGACCCGUCACGCGCUCACACAACGAACGUGGGGGUUGCGACACCCAGAUCACCCAAAACAGCAGGCUUGCACCCCACAGCCCCUCACUUUUCUCUGACGGCAUCUCCAGGACAUCACUGCAGCUUGUCAUGGCCACCUACAAGGUGACAGUGGCAACAGGUGACAUGGUGGAAGCUGGGACCAACAACUCCAUCUCCAUCACCCUGGUGGGCGCCUAUGGCGAAAGCCGCCAGACCACCAUCUCCUUCCUGUUCCUGCCAGGGAAGGAGAGGAGCCUGUCUGUGCACUGUGGGCAGGACUUGGGCCCCAUUGUCCUCAUCCGCCUGCACAAGUGGCGGCUCUUCCUGGAGGAUGCCUGGUUCUGCAAGGAUGUCCGGGUGGCAGCCCCCAAUGGCACCCUGUAUCGCUUCCCCUGCUACCAGUGGCUGGAGGGAGUCACCACGGUGGAGGUGCGAGAGGGCUCAGGGAAGAAGCUGGUGGAUGACAAGCUGCAGAUCCUCAAGGAACAUCGUCAUCGGGAGCUGGCGGCACGGCAGGAGGCUUACCGGUGGAAGGACUUCGCCCAGGGCUGGCCCCGUUGCCUCAACGUGGACUCCAUCUUCGAGCUGGACUCCAACAUCCAGUUCUCCCGCAUCAGGGCCAACAACUUCACUGGUUUCCUCAUCUUCCAAGGGGCCUCCCACUUUCUGUCAGGGUUCCUAUUGAGACGCAGCUCCUGGAACAGCCUGGAUGAGAUGCGCACCAUCUUCUCCCGGACACAGGGCAGGGACAUUGUCCCUGAGUAUGUGGCCAAGCACUGGCAAGAAGAUGACUUCUUCGGUUCCCAGUUCCUCACUGGCAACAACCCCAUCAUCAUCCAUCGCUGCACCACAUUGCCACUCAAUUUCCCAGUGACACCAGAGAUGGUUGCUGGCUCACUGGGAGGUGGCACUGACCUGGGCAAGGAGCUGCAAGAAGGUCGGAUUUUCAUUGUGGACUACAAGGUGCUGGAGGACAUCCCAACCGACACCAUUUACGGGCGCCAGCAGCACAUAGCGGCCCCGCUCUGCCUGCUUCACCAAGGCACUGAUGGGCUCCUGCGCCCCAUCGCCAUCCAGCUCAGCCAAAAACCAGGACCCCACAGCCCCAUCUUCCUGCCGAGUGAUGAUGAGUGGGACUGGCUGUUGGCCAAGACCUGGGUGCGCAACGCCGACUUCUACAGCCACCAGCUCCUCACCCACCUGCUGAGGACCCACCUGUUUGGGGAGGUCUUUGCCAUCGCCACGCUGCGCCACCUGCCCACCUGUCACCCUCUCUUCAAGCUCCUCAUGCCCCACUUCCACUUCACACUGCACAUCAACACCUUGGCCCGCAGUGUCCUCAUAAACCAGGGUGGCCUCAUUGACAAGGGUUCCGGGGUGACCUAUGAGGGGCUGCUGCUGGUGGUGCAGCGAGGCCUGGAGCAGGUGACCUACACGUCCCUGUGCCUCCCCGACGACAUCCGCCACCGUGGCAUGUCCCACGUCCCCAACUACUACUACCGAGACGAUGGGAUGAGCCUCUGGGAAGCCAUUGAGAGCUUUGUCACCGGCAUCGUCACAUUCUACUAUGAUGGGGAUGCAGCGGUGAGCGGGGACACCGAGAUGCAGGCCUGGGUGAUGGACAUCUUCACCAAUGGUUUCUUGGGCAGGACCUCCUCAGGUAUUCCCUCGUCGCUGCAGACAGUGGUGGAGCUCAUCAAGUUCCUCACCAUGGUGAUGUUCACCUGCUCGGCGCAGCACGCAGCUGUCAACAAUGGGCAGUAUGAUCUGGGGGCCUUCGUCCCCAACGCCCCGUCCUCCAUGCGCCACCCACCACCCAGCGAGAAGGGCCGGGCCUUCCUCCAGCACUUCCUCGACACCAUUCCUGAGGUGGCCACCACUGCUAACAUCCUGGUUGCCCUCAUUCUCCUCAGCUCCCAACUCAAGGACAGGAGGCUCCUGGGACAGUACCCAGAGGAGUGGUUCACGGAGGCGGAACCCCGGCGGCUCAUCCGGGCCUUCCAAGGGCGGCUGGAGGAGAUCCGGGACCGGAUUGAGGACAGGAACCAACAGGCUGAGCUGAGAUACAACUACCUGAACCCACUGGAGACGGAGAACAGCAUCUCCAUCUGA